UUCAAGGAGCGGAAAAAUAGAAAUACGGCUGAGAUUCUUUUUUUUGUAGUUUUUAGCUAACUCGUAUGGUUUAAAAUGUUCAUGCGAAGAGCAAGUGACAGGGUUCUGUCUUUUGGUAAAGCAAUGACUCGAUGCCUCGCAUUAGCGGGAGAAAAUAAACGUUUCUUGCGCGAAAAAUUCAAGAACUUAGGAGGGGGAGAUGUAUUGCUUGAACGGCUUGAUUAUCAAGGGCAAAACAUAGCUUUAAUAAGUUUAUCUAAUCCAGAAAACAGGAAUGCAUUAAGCGGCAAAAUGAUGGUGAAAUUAGCGGAAACUGUAGACGAAUUACAGCAUUGGUCUGAGGGCAAGGCAGUGAUUCUUCGAGGCGUACAGAGAACAUUUUGCUCUGGUGCUGAUCUUGCCGUGGCUAGAAAUAUUUUAACACACGAAGAAGGCGAAAUGAUGUGUACUUUAAUGCAUGACACAAUACUUCGAUUGAAAUAUUUGCCCCUUGUUUCUGUAGCUGUCGCAGAAGGACAAGCUCUUGGAGGAGGGGCAGAGCUUCUUCUAUGCUGUGACUUCAGGCUGAUGGCAGCCAACGCAGUUAUUCAUUUUGUUCAAGCAAGAAUGGGUGUGACACCGGGCUGGGGAGGAGCGAGUCAGUUAGUAGAUACAGUUGGAAAACGAGAAGCUUUAAAAAUUUUGGCUUCCUCUAAAAAGAUUCAUGCAAAUGAAGCAUUAAAUUUGGGACUUGUUGAUGAUAUUAUACCUGAUGAUAUAGAAAACGUUCAGGGUGUAGUAUGUGAUUGGUUGUUGCCUUAUAUAAAACACCCACCUGCAGUGAUACAGUCAACAAAGAAAUGCAUCGUGGGAAACAUGAAACCACUGGAGGAAAUAUUAGAAUUUGAAAGGGCUAUAUUUAAAACAAUGUGGGCUAGUGAACAUAAUUUGAAGGCUCUUUCAAAAAACCUAAAGCAUAAAUAGAAUGCUAUCUUCAUUACCACCUGUUUUAGGGUUCUCACGAUUCCGUCUUGCCACCUCAAUGCUGUAGGGAUGGACCGGAAGAAUUCCAGCCUGAAUAUGCAUCAACAAAAAAUUGAAAUGCCUUCUUAAUGUAAAUAAAUGAAAUAAUGCACUAUGUUCCUUACCAAACCUAGAAGAACUGACACAGGCUUCUUUGGUUCUGCACCAUGGGCAAGCCAGUAUCUAUGUCAAGAGAAAUAUUUAAUAUAGAAUAAAUGAAAUGUUUGAAUAUUUUACCAGUGAUGGUUGCACAUUUC